CAGCUGAUUUCCGCAGCCAAUCGGCAGGCGCGGCGGCGGCGGGUCUCGGUGGAUCCCGGAUGCUGAGUUAAGGAAAUGAGGCAGAAGGAGGUGAUAACCAAGACCUUCCAAAGCCCAGCUGUGGUCUGUAGGACUCGGACCAGCCACGUUUACAUGUUUGAGAAUGGUGUUGAGGACUCCGAGGACUCCUCUGAGGAAGAAUCCCACCGAGUGGCCCUGCGGCCCCGGGGCAAGGAGGGCCAGAAGAAGGGUGCCCACCACCCUCACCGGCCAGGAGCAGGGGAUGUGGUGCUGCUGCAGCGGGAGCUGACCCAGGGGGACAGCCUCAACAAGCUCGCUCUUCAGUAUGGCUGCAAAGUCGCAGAUAUCAAGAAAGUCAACAACUUCAUCAGAGAACAAGACCUAUAUGCUUUAAAAUCUAUUAAGAUUCCAGUGAAAAACCACGGCAUCCUAACAGAGACCCACAAAGAACUUAGACCCCUCCUGAACUCAUCCUCAGAGACCAGAGUGACCUUCGAGGAGCAGCCAGACCCAGACAGAGCAGCUGUCAAUGCCAGUGCCUCACCUAGCUCACUGACGGAUUUCUUUAAGGGCAUUGAUCAGAGUAUUGAACAUGCAGUUCAAUCAGAAAUCUUUUUGAGUGAAAGUUACUCCAUAGAGACGUCCAGUCAGCCACUGCUUCCUGCUCCUCCGAAGAUACCAACAAAUGGUGCAGACUGUGGAAUUCAGUGGUGGAAUGCUGUUUUUAUCAUGCUUCUAAUUGGAGUUGUUUUACCAGUGUUUUAUUUGGUCUAUUUUAAAAUACAAGCUACUAGUGAGACCCCUAGUAUCUUGAAUACAACUGCUAUCCCUAAUGGCUCCAUGGCAGGGAAUGCAGUUCCAGGGCAAGCCCCCAGAUUAGCAAUUCCAAUGCCAACCAUCCCCUCUUCAGACAGCCAGUUCAGUCAGACCACCCACGGGGGGAGCUAGCUCUUGUUUCUAAGGAACCAGGCCAGCUAUAGCACUUGGGCUUCUGCUGAUGUUGGCCGUAUCUUAGCAUGCUGCUUUUUUUUUUUUCCUGUGACGUAUGGACAGAUUUCAGAAGUCACCCUCAUGUUCUCAGUCACAUUCAUCAUGGGGAGUGGACUCAUCAAAGCCUGUGGGAGCCAAAACAUCAGCAUUCUCAACCUCUUUUACAUCCAGAGAAAAGCGACAGGAGAGACGUUUGCACAUGGCAAUGCUGCUCCUUGAAGGCAUUUAGUGGACUGGACUUGUGUGUCUUCACAAUAGCACUGUAGGCCCUCAAGUUGGACAUGCUUGGAGGGAGAUGAAUGCCUUGGCAGAUGGACCUGCGUAUGGGAGACCCUGGUGUCAGCUUUGUCUAUCUGUGUGUUGCUUUGUCCCCUGCCUAUUGUGGAGGGAUGACUGGCUCUGAAAAACGAUGUUUUGUAUAUCUCCCCGGCAAAAACGGUAUGCAAUAAUGAGAUGCCACCCUGUUUCAGGGCGUGAUACAUUAGAGUUGUAACAAGCCCUGCUUCACAUUUACACCCAGAUAGCUUUUUUAUGUCAUGUCUAGAAUUUUGAAAGCCCUAAAUCUAAACUGCUGUAGUAUUGAGUAAGUAGCAGUUCUGUUCCUCAUAAUUUUAGAGCUCCUUAAUCUGACACAGAGGCACAUUUUAAGCUCUUCAUGGCAUAGCCGGCACUUCUGGCCGGAACAUUUGAAGGCCAUGGCCCAGUUUCACCUGAGGACCUUUUCCAUAGUGAUUGCUAACUGGAUUCCCCAAGUCAGCAUCCUUGGAAGGAGCUCGUUCUGAUCUGUAUCGAGUGGAGUAGGUAUAGGGAGAAAGAUGAGUGCCUUAUCACCCAGGUCCCAACACGUGACAUUUCUAAGGCUGAGCAGUCACCAGCCCAGCAUCUGCUGGCCCUUGUAUGCUCCUGGCAAAGUGGUGCAGGGAGAAUGAAUGUACUUGCUCUGCUUCCUUGAUCCUGUUCUUAGGACUUCUAGAGUCGUAGAACAGGAUUAGGACUCAGUCACCUUUCUUUGGGUGAAUACAAUGUAGCUCAUGAUGUUAAAAUACCGAACACUUACUGUAGAGCCUAGAGGUGACCCUUGCUGUGGAAGACCAUAAAAAGAGAUGCCUGAGGUUUGCCCAUCUUCUCUAACAUGGCAACAGCGGCGUUAAGUUUGGAAGCUCGUGGAGGGCCUGGUUGGCCUCUGAGGCCUUGCUGUUGUGACAAGGGUGAUUGGGGUGAGGGUAGGAGCCUGCCUUGGUCCCAUGGAGGAGUGGAAAUUGGCCAGGGUGGCUGAGCCUUGGAAAGGUCUGCCUCCAGGGAGAAAAACAUGAUGAACAAACGCUGAGCUUUGGGCAAGUUUAAGGCAUUUGACACCUUUGGCCUAGAGAUCAGUUUAAAAGAGCUCAUGUAAGAAAAGGGGAAUGUGGUGGAUGAGUACUUGAGAUGGGUUUUCAAUUUCUCCUCUCAAUCAAUCAUGUGAAAAACUGUUUUGUCCUGGGUUCAAUUAGCAGAUUUAAAUCAUAAAACUAAAUGUUUUCUUCAAAGUCAAACUGGUCUUAAAGUGAACUUGUGAAUCAUUGCUACAGGAAAUGUUUUGAUCAUAUAAAUGCCUUUCUAGUCAAAUGUUUGUGUGCUGUGCCCAAGGACCACAGGUUUCUCUAACAUUUUGUCACCAUUAAUUUCAAAAGGCAGGAUGCAGGCUCAUGAGAAAAUUACUUUUGCCAGGCAAAGAACUGUGUCCUUUUUUCAAGUGGAAUAAAAUAAUUUCUUCUGUGAAGGAAAAUUGAUUCCUCCCUUUUAAUUUGGGAAUUGGUAAUUCAGAAUUAAAAGAUGUGGGAUGAUGCUGGAGAAAAUGGAGUUGUCUGUGUCCAAGAGGUGAGGCCUGCCCAAGGAUUGUGCCCACGGUUACCCCAAUAGGUGGAGAACAAGUGUUAACAAACACAGUCUCAUUGAUUGGCUACAUGACAUGCUUUAAAAUUGUUUUAGGUAUACAUAAAAGAUACCAUGGAGCUCACUUUCUGUAUGUUUUACUGCAUUUGUAGUGUGUUUUGGGAGUUAUGUUGUAAAGAAAUAAUUAGACUUGUUAGAUAGUCUCCAGUUCUUUUGAUUGAACUGUUGUGCUUAAUAUUGCAGAAGUCUAGGGAAUCUAUCAUCAGGCAAAGGAUACUCCCAUCUGGGAAGGCAAGGAUGCAGAGACGAAGCAGAUGCCUUAGGGUCACCCAGAGCAGGUCUACCCAAUCACAGCCAUGACACAGUCCUUCCUCAGGAAUUUAGUUCUUUACUUUGCCUCUGUGAAUGCCUAAAUGAGGGAGAAUAACAUGGGCCCUAAGAUGAUGGCUCAUAGAGGGGAUUUUAACAUUUUUUCCCAGUUUCAUUGAGAUAUAAUUGACAUACAGCACUAUAUGAGUUUGAGAUGUACAGCAUAAUGAUUUGACAGAUAUGUUGUGAAAUGAUUACGAGUUUAGUUAACAUCCAUCAUCUCAUGUAGAUACAAAAAAAAGAAAUAAAAAAAAAAAACCAUGGUUUUUUCCUCUUGUGAUGAGAACUCAGGAUUUCUUUUCUUAACAACUUUGAUAUAUACCAUAUAACAGGUGUCAACUAUAGUCAUCAAGUUGUACAUUAUUACUUUUGUAAUACUUCUCAUAACUGGAAGUUUAUACCUUUUGACCACAUCUUCCAAUUUCCCCACUGACCUCACUCUCUGCCUUGGUAGCUACAAACCUGAUCUCUUUCUAUGAGUUUGGGUUUCUUUUCUUUGCGUUUUUUUUUUUUUUUUUUUUAGAUUUCAUGUAUAAGUGAGAUCAUACAGUAUUUGUCUUUCUCUGACUUAUUUCACUUAAUGUAAUGCUGUUAAGAUCCAUCUGUGUUGUUCCAAAUGGCAGGAUUUCCAUCUUUUUAAUAGCUGAAAAACAUUCCAGUGUAUGUUUAUGUAUCACAAUUUCUUUAUCCAUUCAUCCCUCAGUGGACACUUACGUUGUUUCCAUGUCUU